UGAAGAAGUAUAUAAGAUGGCAAGUGAAGCAAGUAAAGAAGAAUUGCGGUCCGAGCAUCCUAAUUUAGAAACUUGUGAAGCAGAUUCGAAUCUAAGGUUCGAGUCUCCCAAAAAAGGUACGACUCUCUCGACAAGCACAAGUAGUUUUGAAGCUUUGGAUCCGCACGAUCCUAAUCUUAGUCGACUUGCAAAUACAAUGUUCCAAAAGACUAGCGAGUAUCUUCAAGAAGAAUUAACUGCGACUCACGAAGACUAUAGACUACUGGAGCGAUUGAAUAAAGAAACUAGUGCUAAGUAUUCAGAACUUAAAACUAUUUCUUCAAACGUUUCUCAGUCAUUGGAUUUACUUAAUCAAAAAUACAAAAAAUUACAACCAGUUCUUGAUAAUAUAAAUCAAAUAGACGAUAGUGUAACGAAAUUGGAACAAGCAGCUUAUAAAUUACUUGCAUAUUCAAAUAGAUUAGAAUCUAAAUUUAAAGAUAUUGAAAAGGAUAUUAAAAAGUAAUAAUUUCUUUAU